AUUUACUUAUAUAAACUUUUAUGAUGAAAGGAGAAUGGGUUUUCCAUAUGUCACUUGGUAAUUUUGAAAGAAUAAACUAAACAAAAAAAGAAAGAAAAUUACUUAAUUAAAACGCAAAAAGGGACACCAGACAUACCCAUCUCAUUGGUGGGGCCAAUUGUAAAAAAGAAAUUAAAAAAACAUCAAGACAAACAUGGGAUUCAAACACCCAACCUCACCUAUAGAGGUGCACCAGUAACAAUUGGAUUAUUUGUAUCUUUGAACUUUGGUUAAAUACUUCUGAAAAUAUAUAACAUUGUUAUACAUGGUCGCGACCCUAGAGAGGAGAGCAUGGGUGCACAUGAACCCAUGCCUCCCACAUAGAUCCACCAGUUGUUAUGCAUCACUUUGCUGGUCUUAGAUGCAAACUUACAAGGCUGAGCUCUAAGAUCAACUACGAUGUGCUAGAGAAGCUUUUUGAUGAUUCUGCAACUGAGAACCCAAAGAAAGCUGGAACUGCGUACGAUUCAAUGGAUGAUAAUGGGGUAAAGAGCGACAAAAUUGAUCCUGAAGUAGAUGAGACUUACGAAGAAGCAUUUGGCAAGGAUGUGCAUUACGGUGAGAUGUUGGAGGAUAUGGCUAUGAUCAACACUAUGAUUUGGAUGAUUAUUGAAUUAAUCUGCAUUUCAUAUGGCUGGUUUCCCCUUAGAAAUAGAGGAUACAAGAUGUCAGCUAACACAUUUUCCUUCACUUGUAUUAGGAAUUGUAUGGCUUUGAUAGCUAAUUGCAUCUCAAAGUUAUUUUGUUUUAAAUAUCAUUGAUUCAUUUAUUUCCUGUGAACACUUUCCAUUGCUGUAAUGUUAAAAAGUGUGUAUCAACUUUA